AGAGAGAGAGAGAGAGAGAGAGAGAGAGAGAGACACGACCGCGAUAUUGUUGUCUUCCGAUUAUAUCGGACAAUGGAUCCAUUUCCGGAAGUAGAGCGGAAAUUGUGCCUCAUAGUGUGGGUGGAAGACAAUAUGCGCACAGAUGCGGCCAGCGUACACCGUCUCGUCUUGAGGGGGCGUAAUUUUGGAUGCCGCAGACGUCACCAAGAUGGAAACCGGAAAUUAGAUGAUCCGGUGCAGCGCGCGAUGCAACGAUGCCGUGAACGUUAAUUCGUUGGAAAUCGUAUAAUUACGGUUGAACGGAAUGCGUUCACAUUUGAAUAAAGUACAUCCCAUGCAAAUUACUUUGAAUUGCGCGGUUUACUGUGAAAACGGCAUCGGAUGCAGCGUCAAAGUGCGGAAAAUACGCAGAGCGAAUUUGAAUGUGAACGGAUACGGAUAUUUGGUACGUGAUGAGACAAUAAUUUUGUUUGCUGCAAAACAGCCGAUCACAAUCGCAGGAAUGGCAGUAGAAGAAGUCAGAAUGACGGUAGAGUAGGUGUGUUUGAAACCAUGCAGGAUUCGGCCAAUAUCGUUCACCAAGUUCUCCGAAGCUCGACGGAUCACGUGUCUCGCGACCUUGACUUCCCAUGGCAUCGGAACGCUAAGAGGUUUACCUUGGUAAACCCUAGUAUCUCGGGAUACCACUCGGGGUCUCGGUCGAGGGAUUAAGACGGGGUUGUUGAACAGGACGACACGGGAGGGACGGUAGAGCAUGGGGAGGGGAAGAACAGAGAGGAGAAGAGAAGAGUGAGAAGGAGAAAGCCGACUACAGUAAUCGUACGCCCGUAUAAUUGAUUGAGUCUAAUGAGUUAAAGAGGAUGCUACGGUAUCGAUGGCGAAAAUUAAAGAGUUCUGGGUCACGGAGGCGGCGAUAAUCUCGGGACAGAGAAAGUAUAGAACUUAGGUACUUGUUCUUCUCCGCUCCCCUCUUCCCUCUUCGCACCCCUCCGCGGCAUCUCGCUCCGUCGUCCACGUCUCGACCGGCACGGGAGGAAGCGCUGAUUGUAAAUUAGUUAAAGGAGAUGCUUCAUUAGACAACGCGCUGUCUUGCUUCUUGAAGCUGCAAUUUCCCCGCGUUUAACUGUUUUUAAAGGGGCUCGCGGCAUAAUAACUAGUCGCGCGCAAACUGGCCGAUAUGCAUGUAAAUGAGUAUACAUAAUUUUUUUAUAUAAUUACAAAAGUUAAUAGAACGAUCGCGUAUUUUAUCAAAAUGAUUUAUAUGCCGUAUUGAAUACGGUAUUAAAUCAUGAGCAUAAAUUUUCACAUUUAUUGAUUUUUAUCUUUAUGAGAUUAAUUAAAAUUUUAUGGCGAGAAGUAAAGUAUGGAUAAUAGAAUGGUAGAAUAUAUACAUUCGACAAUUAUUAUAUCAUUACGCAUGUA